CGCGCUCCCGGGGCGGGGCCAGUGACGCACCGGGGGCACCGACGGCGGAGGCAGGAGCGGUGGGAUCGGCGUGAUCGGCAUGGGGAAGCAGAAGAAGGCGCGGAAGUACGCGGUGAUGAAGCGCAUGAUCAGCCUCCGGGAUGAGCGCAUUAAAGAGAAGGACCGGGCGAAAGCCCCCGUGAAGAAGAAAGAGGACCCGAGCGCCAUCAAAGAGCGGGAGGUCCCCCAGCAUCCCUCUUGCUUGUUCUUCCAGUAUAAUACACAGCUGGGCCCCCCUUACCACAUCCUGGUUGACACUAACUUCAUCAACUUCUCCAUCAAGGCCAAGCUGGACCUAGUGCAGUCAAUGAUGGACUGUCUCUAUGCCAAGUGUAUUCCAUGUAUCACAGACUGUGUAAUGGGUGAAAUCGAAAAGUUAGGACAGAAGUACCGUGUGGCGUUAAGAAUUGCCAAGGACCCUCGGUUUGAACGCUUGCCAUGUAUGCACAAAGGAACCUACGCAGAUGACUGCUUGGUACAGAGGGUCACUCAGCACAAAUGUUACAUUGUGGCCACCGUAGAUAAAGAGCUCAAGCGGAGAAUACGAAAAAUCCCUGGAGUGCCUAUAAUGUAUAUUUCCAGGCACAGGUACAACAUUGAAAGGAUGCCAGAUGAUUAUGGAGCUCCUCGAUUCUAACCUGUCCAGCCAAGCCAUUGAUGCCAGGACUCUGAGCCAGGAUAAGGGUCCUUCUGAUUCCAACCCUCCUGCUUUCUCUUUUACUCAUAGGACCAUGGCUGACACUGAACUGACUUCUUAGCCUUGAUUUUCUAAGAAGAAGGUAUUUUGAAGAGUCUGGUUUUAUUCAUCCUUGUUCUGACUUGGUCUGAUUACCUAUAGCUGAGAGAAGCGUAUGGGAAACAGAGGGUGGCAGUGCCCAGAACAUACCUACCUCUGUCUUCAUUGGGAUCAUUGCAAAAAGUGAUUUCGGCAUUCUGAAUUAAAUACUGAUGAUGCAACUCUGGCUGAGAAUGAAACCACAGAAAUUUUAGAAGUUUCUUAUUGCUGUACCUGCAGUGGAACAGGUAUUUCUCUGGGGAGGUCCCUCACACCUGUUUCCUCAAACAAAUCAGAACUUGCGUUCUGGAGAAAAGACGUCAGAUCUGCACCAGUUGGUGGGCCUUCUCUGGAACAGCAAUCUAGAAGAUUUUGGGAAUUGAUGAUCUGGGAAUUGAUGGGCUUUUAUUCAGCUGUACAAUGAAUGAUGUUUGGUUAAGUGUCCUGCUCA